GGACCCACGAGCGCGUUAUGAUGCAUUUCCGCAACCACCGCGGGGUACGCUCGAUUGGGAGAUGCAAGUAGUAGGCGCGAGAUGUUUAUCUAUCCUGUGGCGCGCAGCUGGCACGGGUGAUCGCGUCGUUGGUGAUUUAACCCUAGCUUUAGACUUGGACUUGCGGGAGAAGUCGUACCACGGAGUUGUACCUCUUACAUCCAUCUGUUCUCAAUUGGGCCUCUUUUCUACUCCUUCUAUUCUCCCACGCUCCUAGAUACCCAUCGUCGCGAUUCGUCAAUUGCGCGCUUCACUUCCCAUUUCCUCUCAGAUGCUUUGACGAUUUAAACUCUCAUUGCUCUUCACGUAAAACUUCUUACUUGCCCAAAUAAUAUACCCAGCUCUUAGUGAGCACCCACAUGGCAACAAUGGCAGAGACGUCGCCCAUCAUCACACAAGGCAUCGAGCCCUCGUCCGGAGAAUCACAUUCCCCGCCUGGUGAACACGGCGUACAGGCGACAUGGGGAUCAAAAGAUGGAAACAUCUCGAAUAGCGAGUGGAACGAUGCGGAAGCAAACAAGUUGCCCGAGAAGGUCGCGAAGAUGGACGCGAACGGCGAGAUCAACGACAAUCAUCCCAGGAAACGGGUUGUGGUUGUAGGACUGGGUAUGGUUGGAAUCGCGUUCAUAGAAAAACUCUUGAAGUACGAUGUAAGGCGGAGAGAGUACGAUGUCGUGGUUAUUGGAGAAGAACCACACCUUGCAUACAAUCGCGUCGGGUUGACGAGCUUCUUCCAACACCGACUAGUCGAGAAUUUGUACCUUAACCCGAAAGAAUGGUACUCAUCUAUGCCGGAAGGUUCAUUAAACUACCACCUUAACACCCUCGUCACAGAAAUCAACUCUACCGACAAGUCCGUCAAGACAUCAUCAGGAGAAACAGUGUCCUAUGACAUUCUUGUACUGGCAACAGGAUCCGAUGCACUUCUCCCACGACACACACCCGGCCACGACGCUAAAGGUGUCUUCGUGUACCGCACAAUCGAUGACCUUCAAAAACUCAUCGACUUUUCCGCGACACGGAAAGGCACCACUGGCACUGUUGUUGGAGGCGGCUUACUCGGCUUGGAAGCUGCGCACGCUAUGAUGGAUCUUGAGGACUUUGCGAAGGUCAAGCUUAUUGAGCGGAAUCGAUGGGUUUUGUCGAGACAGUUGGAUGGCGAUGCUGGCGGUAUGGUCGUUGAGCAAGUAAGGGCGAUGGGCCUGGAUGUUAUGCUCAGCAAACGUGUCGGCAGAAUUCUGACAGAUGAGGAGAACUUUGUCAAGGGCCUUGUCUUCGAGGAUGGAGAGGAGAUGGAGUGCUCAUGUAUUUGUUUUGCUAUUGGUAUCAAAUCGCGAGACGAGCUAGCGCGGAAAACAGGCCUCAAUUGUGCCGAUCGAGGUGGCGGUAUCGUUGUAGGCCCGGAUCUGGUCACAUCGAAACCUGACAUAUAUGCCAUCGGAGAAUGCGCGAGCUGGGAAAAUCAGACUUUCGGUCUCAUCGCACCUGGAGUGGAGAUGGCAGAUGUCCUGGCCUUCAACCUCACACAAGCGAAAGCACACGCGCCACGGAAGUUUAAGCGGCCGGACCUCAGCACGAAGCUGAAGUUACUGGGCGUCGAAGUUGCUAGCUUUGGUGACUUCUUUGCAGACCGCGAUGGACCCAAGGAUAUGCCUGGACGACCACGAGCCGGAAAGAAGGAAGCGAAGGGUGUUAAUGGUACGACCACACGAGAUAAAGUGAAAAACUUGACUGAUGGGCCAGCUCCACCACCAGUCAAGGCGCUCACGUACAAGGACCCGUUUCAGCAGGUAUACAAAAAGUACCUCUUCACGGUGGACGGAAAGUAUCUGCUAGGUGGCAUGAUGAUCGGUGACACCAAAGAUUAUGUCAAGCUGGUGCCAAUGGUUAAGAACCAAAAACCCCUUGAGAUGCCACCGAGUGAACUUAUUAUCGGCGCGUCAAAGGGAGACGACGAUGGCGACGACCUCACCGACGACACUCAAAUAUGCUCAUGUCACAACGUUACCAAGGGCGAUGUGGUCAACUCAGUCAAAGACGGAACAUGCAAGAGUAUCGGCGACGUCAAAUCCUGCACAAAGGCCGGUACUGGUUGCGGUGGCUGCAUGCCGCUUGUCCAAACCAUCUUCAACAAGACAAUGGCCUCUAUGGGCAACGAAGUCAAGAACCACCUUUGCCCACACUUUGAAUACUCGCGCGCAGACCUAUUCAACAUCAUCUAUGUCAAAAAGAUCAAGGAUUUCUCGGCCGUCAUGAAAGAGGCUGGAAAAGAGCCAGACUCUCUAGGGUGCGAGGCCUGCAAACCUACUAUCGGAUCCAUCAUUGCAUCGCUAUUCAACAAACAUCUGCUUGAAGUGGAAACGAGAGGCCUCCAGGAUACGAACGAUAGAUUCUUGGCCAACAUUCAGCGUAAUGGUACAUUUUCAGUUGUGCCGCGCGUUUCAGGUGGAGAGAUUACUCCUGAGAAGCUCAUUGUCAUCGGUAUGGUGGCAAAGAAAUACAAUCUCUACACCAAGAUUACGGGCGGUCAGCGAAUUGACAUGUUCGGAGCCUGGAAGCAGGACCUCCCAAACAUCUGGGAAGAACUAAUCGACGGCGAAAUGGAGUCUGGUCAUGCCUAUGCCAAGUCACUGAGAACGGUCAAGUCGUGUGUCGGCACGACGUGGUGUCGAUUUGGAAUCGCCGACAGUGUAGGAAUGGCGGUGCGCUUGGAAGAGCGAUACAAGUCCAUCCGCGGACCGCACAAGAUCAAGGGCGGAGUGUCUGGAUGCGUGCGCGAGUGUGCCGAGGCGCAGAACAAGGAUUUCGGGUUGGUGGCAACGGAGAAAGGCUUCAAUAUCUUUGUUGGUGGCAACGGCGGCGCAAAACCACGACACUCUGAACUUCUGGCAAAGGACGUGCCACCAGACGAUGUCGUUCCAAUUCUCGACCGCUAUCUGUCAUUUUAUAUCCGCACGGCCGAUAAACUGCAGCGGACAGCCCGUUGGAUGGAGAACCUACCCGGCGGGAUUAAGUACCUGCAAGAAGUCAUUCUCCAUGAUAAGCUUGGGAUAUGUGCGGAUUUGGAAAAACAGAUGGAAGAUCUAGUAGGCACCUUCUUCUGCGAGUGGACUGAAGUCCUCAAAGACCCCAAGAAGCGCGCAUGGUUCAGCCAGUUCGCCAACACAUCGGAAAACAUCAACGACACCAUCGAGCCGACGAAAGAGCGCGGACAGGAGCGCCCAAGCUACUGGCCCAAAGACAGUAUAACGGAAGACUUCCGCGGCCACAAGUGGAGCGAGCUAUCCUGGCAACCGCUCGUGAAAGCCGAAGAGUUCAAGGACACACCAACCGGUGAUUCAAAGGCAAUCAAGAGAGGCGACACGCAACUCGCCGUGUUCAAGGUGCGCGGAAAAUACUACUGCACACAGCAAAUGUGCCCGCACAAGCGCGCUUUCGUCCUCUCCGACGGCCUCAUCGGCGACGACCUAGCCAACAACAAACUCUGGGUGUCGUGCCCGUACCACAAGCGCAACUACGAGCUAUCCGGCGCCAACGCAGGAAAAUGCGCAAACGACGAGUCGGUCAACAUUGCCGUCUUUCCUAUUGAAGAGCGCGCCGAUGGGUUCUUGUAUGUUAAGCUGCCGAGCAUCGAGGAGCUAGACAGUGUCCUUGGGACAGAGAAGUUUAAGAUUAAGAAAAGCGAGAGUGAGGAUCCGUUUGUGGCGCUGGACAAGAAGCUUGCGAAGAUGCAGCUAAAGGGCAGGAAAGGGAUGCAAGUAUCUCAUCUUGAGAACGGGCUGGGGGAGAAGGGCAAGGCUGCUAUGAUUCUUGCGGGAGGUGAAAAGGGGGCUAGUGGGCUGGACUGGUAAGGUAAGCUUUACUGCUUACUUGUCCGGACUCCUUUCCUGCCUGCUCGUUACAGGCAAACGAUUGGCAUUCGACAAGGCGUUUUUGGUAUCUGGGGGAAUUUGGUUGGCUUUAGUAAGAUUCCCACGAUUGUAGAUGAACACCAAUGGACACGUCCUCUUUUGAACGCUAGAGCCUCAUUCAUUGUCGCAGAUUAUGCUACUAGCAUAUCACACCAUGGCCUUAGUGUGCUGUCGCUGGCAUCGAUAUGCACUUGCUGUUGAUUAAAACUCCCUUUCGAGGCGGUGUAUGUAGGUUUGUACACAUGGCGAUGGAUAACGCGUCGCUGCUAGCUGAAAUCGUUGAACCCCGGAG